GCUUCUUCGUCGAGACUCCACCGACUAUAAGAAGUCUCAGACUCGCUUUCAUGCCCACACACUCACUGCUUGCAGAGUGUGGACUCAGUGUAUCUCCUCGCCAAGAAAAUUCUUUACAGCCACUUGUGUGGUUGCACAGAUAUAAAAAUUAGUCAUCACUGAGUCCUGCUGCAGAAUUGAAGCGGAGCCUCUUAUAUUGCUUCGCAUAUUUGUUUGUAGCUUUUUUGUUGCAAAAAAAAUUUUCCUCUCGUCAGGAUUCCCAUACGAAAAUUGUGUUGGUUGUACAGAUCGAGGUGAAGGUUUUGUUUUCCUGUGACUGACCUCUGAUUUCUGUAUCUGAAAUCUGGAAAUUCUUCAUUCGGCGAGUGGUAAAAAACUUGUGUAGCAUAUGUUUGAAGCUCAAGUGGGUGGAUAUGGCUUCGAAGGCGAUUAUUUCGAUUGUACUGCUGCUGACCGUUCAAUGUGCAGCACUCAAUAAUCAACAAACGGGCUGGGUAACGGCGCAUUUGAAACGCCCCACGGGCUCGCACCUGCACGCGGGACGACAUCUCGGAGAAACCGCCAAGGGAGAAACUGCGACCGCAUCAUCGCGCAAUGGAUGGAGAGCGAGCCUGAUAGUCAGGAGCGCGGGGACGGAAAAUUUCACAAUAUUACAGUUGGUGCACCGGGACGUGGAGGCGAGCAUAGCCCGGGGCAAGUCCUUGGAUCGCAAGGCAAGGAAUGCACCGUACCACAAGCACAAGGGCAGGAGCAUGCUGGACUUCACCACGAACAUAGAAGCCACGCCAAACGCAUACUCCAUGGAGAUCUCUCUCGGCACGCCACCUCAGAAUUUCAUCGCCAUCGCCGACACGGGCAGCGACCUCGUCUGGCUCGAGUGCAAAGCGUGCACCGUGUGCAUCAAUGCUUCGGCGGUCUUCGACCCGUCCCUCUCUUCCACUUACAGCCCGCUGGGAUGCAACGGGUGCAAUGUCCUGGGCAGCAACGAGCUCACCUGCACGCCCAACUGCCAGUACACGUACGAAUACGGAGAUCUAUCCAGUACCCAGGGAAAUUUCUCCCUCGACACUCUCACUCUGCAGAACACGAACGGCACCUCCACGGCCAUCGACAGCUUUCAUUUCGGCUGCGGGCUUCAGAACAACGGCUCAUUCCUAGAAGUGGACGGGUUAGUCGGGCUGGCGCGUGGGCCCAUCUCGUUCCCGUCGCAGAUCGCCCCCUUCCUCAACAACGUUAACAAAUUCUCCUACUGCCUGCUCGGGCGGUACGACCCCGCCGCGGCCCGCAGCCCGCUGCUCUUCGGCGAGAGCGCCGUGCCCACGAACGUGAGCUUCACCGUGUUCACCCCCCAGCUGACGCCGUACGACCCCAGCGUCCUCUCGUUCUACUACGUCAACCUGACUGACAUCUCGGUUGGCGGCGCGGCGCUGAACAUCCCGGCCUCGGCCUUCGCCAUCGACACCCAGGGCAACGGCGGCGUGAUCUUCGACUCCGGUACCACGGUCACGCUCCUCAACACCGUCGCCUAUCGCAGCGUCGUCGACACCUUCACGUCGCAGAUCGACACCACGUACCCCCGAGUCAACCUCUUAAGCCUGACGGGGCUCGAGGUGUGCUACAACACUACGGCUUUCUCGUACGUGAAUGUUCCCACCGUCGUCUUCAAAUUUGAUGGCGCGGACUUCGACCUGCCGUUCCAGAACAUCGUUCUUCUCUUAAAUUUCACCGACACUGAAUCCGCCAUGUGCUUGGCGAUGCAGGAGUCUCAGGGAAUGAGCAUUUUCGGCAGUGUUCAGCAGCAGAAUUUCCAAGUGCUCUAUGAUGAAGAUAAUUUACAGAUCGGCUGGGUACCCACGGACUGCCAGACCUUGUAGGCAGAUUGAAUCUCGGUGCUGGCCAUUACUGUAGCCGUUUUCUCUAUUAUACUAGGAUAUAUUCUCUAGCCCUCACCACCGUGCCGUAUACCUUGCCUUUCGUUUCUUUUAUACAAACGGUACAUGGUGGUAAAGCUAAGAUCUCUGACUCCUAUUCUCUGCACGGAAUAAAUCUGAGAUAUCUGUCUCUGUCCCG